AAUGAACUACAGAUUCAUUUACCCCUAUACUCCGCGGUUUGUUAAAGAUAAUCCGUAGCUCGCGCCCGAAUCCGACCCGUUAAAAACCCUAACCUGCGCGUUUUCCCUUCCUCAGCUAACGGCGAGCGCGAGAGCGAAGAUAGAGGCGCCAUGGCGACGAGCUCCACCACAACAUACUCGCCUUCACAAAGUCUGGAGAAGAGGCAGCAACAGCAGCAGAGGAGGAGACUCUUCAGAGAAAUCGACUGGAAGCGAUCCGACGGUCGAGAGUUCCAUCAGUGCAGGCCUGCGUUUCUGAGAACAGGUGCUGCAAGUGCUGCAGCAGGAUCUGCAUAUGUUGAGUUUGGAACAACCAAGGUCAUCGUAUCUGUGUUCGGUCCAAGGGAAAGCAAGAAGGCAAUGAUGUAUAGUGAUAUUGGUAGAUUGAAUUGUAAUGUGAGCUACACAACAUUUUCUGCUCCUAUACGUGGUCAGGGAUCAGAUCACAAAGAGUAUUCGUUAUUGCUUCAUAAAGCACUGGAGGGUGCUAUAAUUUUAGAAACUUUCCCAAAGACUACUGUUGAUGUUUUUGCAUUGAUAUUGGAAUCUGGUGGAAGCGAUCUUCCAGCUAUUAUAUCUUGCGCAAGUCUUGCCUUGGCUGACGCAGGAAUUAUGAUGUAUGACCUCGUUUCUGCUGUCUCAGUGUCAUGUUUUGGAGCGAACCUAGUUAUUGAUCCGAUGGCAGAGGAGGAAGCUUGCCAAGAUGGAAGCCUCAUGAUCACAUGUAUGCCUACUCGUCAUGAGAUCACUCAACUCACUCUCACUGGAGAAUGGUCGACUGCCAAAAUCAACGAGGCAAUGGAUUUGUGCCUUGAUGCUUGUUCAAAGCUUGCCGGCAUCAUGAGAUCAUGUCUAAAGGAAUCAGUCUCUUCAUAAAAGCUAAUUCUUGGAGUAUCUACUUGUUAAUGACGAGAGAGAACCUUAUUUCUUUGCUGUUGCUCACUUUGUAACUCAAAUGUUUUUGCUGUGUUGUAUAAUGAUGGAUACAUUUUGUUAACAGAGAUUAUUAGAUUAGUUAAAAACUCGAUUAUCUUACUUGCAGAA